CCGCGAGAGCCGCGAGUCCGGAGGCGGCGCCCCUCGGUGACCUCCCCCCCCCCCCCCAACGGAGCCUGCGAGGGGGCGCGCCCGCCCGGGCCUGCCCCGCGCGGGUCCCGGCGGGAAGGCGGGGGCUCGCUCCCCGCGCCACGCGGCUCGACCAAUGGGAGCGCGCGCAGCGAGGCUCCGCGGUCCGUGCCGCGGGUACUGAAAACCCGGCGCGCGCAAGCCGUCCCGCGCUCCGCGCACGCGAGGUCGGCGCGCGCUAGCCCGCGGGCCCCGAGCGCGCGCCUGACGCCCCUGCCCCGCCGGCGCGCGGCGACGCCCGGCCCCGAUGGACCCCCAGACCCCUACCCGGACGCCGGCCCCGCGCUACUUCACCUGGGACGAGGUGGCGCAGCGCUCCGGGCGCGAGAAUGAGCGGUGGCUCGUGAUCGACCGGAAGGUGUACAACAUCAGCGAGUUCACCCGCCGGCACCCGGGGGGCUCCCGGGUCAUCAGCCACUACGCGGGGCAGGAUGCUACGGAUCCCUUUGUGGCGUUUCACAUCAACAAGGGCCUUGUGAGGAAGUAUAUGAACUCUCUCCUGAUCGGAGAACUGUCUCCAGAGCAGCCCAGCUUCGAGCCCACUAAAAACAAAGAGCUGAUCCACGAGUUCCGGGAGCUGCAGGCCGCCGUGGAGCGGAUGGGGCUCAUGAAGGCCAACCACGGCUUCUUCCUGCUGUACCUGCUGCACAUCCUACUGCUGGAUGUUGCUGCCUGGCUCACCCUCUGGGUCUUCGGGACAUCCUUUGUGCCUUUCCUCCUGUGCGCGGUGCUGCUCAGCACGGCUCAAGCUCAGGCUGGCUGGCUGCAGCAUGACUUCGGGCACCUGUCCGUCUUCAGCACCUCUACUUGGAACCACCUGCUCCAUCAUUUCGUGAUUGGCCACCUGAAGGGCGCCCCUGCCAGUUGGUGGAACCACUUGCACUUCCAGCACCAUGCCAAGCCCAACUGUUUCCGCAAAGACCCGGACAUCAACAUGCACCCGUUCUUUUUUGCCCUGGGGAAGAUCCUCUCUGUGGAGCUUGGGAAACAGAAGAAAAAGUACAUGCCAUACAACCACCAGCACAAAUACUUCUUCCUGAUUGGGCCCCCAGCCUUGCUGCCUCUCUACUUCCAGUGGUAUAUUUUCUAUUUUGUUUUCCAGCGGAAAAAGUGGGUGGACUUGGCCUGGAUGGUCAGCUUCUACGCCCGCAUAUCCCUCACUUACGUGCCGCUGUUGGGGCUGAAAGGCCUCCUGGGCCUUUUCUUCAUGGUCAGGUUCCUGGAAAGCAACUGGUUUGUGUGGGUCACACAGAUGAACCACAUCCCCAUGCACAUCGAUCACGACCGGAACAUGGACUGGGUCUCCACCCAGCUCCAGGCGACAUGCAAUGUCCACAAGUCUGCCUUCAAUGACUGGUUCAGCGGACAUCUCAACUUCCAGAUUGAGCACCAUCUUUUCCCCAUGAUGCCUCGACACAAUUACCAUAAAGUGGCCCCCCUGGUGCAAUCCCUGUGUGCCAAGCAUGGCAUAGAGUACCAGUCCAAGCCCCUGUUCUCAGCCUUCGCCGACAUCAUCUACUCACUGAAGGAGUCUGGGCAGCUCUGGCUAGAUGCCUACCUUCACCAGUAACGACUGGCACUCCUCCCCCCACCUGGAAGAGAUGUCUGUCUUCACUGAUAACACCAGCCCACCGGGAAGGGGAGUCUGCACCAAAGCAGAGGGGAGCUUAUGGGACAAUGCCACUAUAAUUCUAAUAUUCAAAGGGGGUGGGUUUGAGGAGACAAAGGCUCUGACUCAAACCUCCCCCCUUUAUCUUCCAGGCACAGAUUUAAGACCCAAAGGGGUAGGGGACCGUGCAUGCCUUCUGGAAGGAGCGGUGGGCCUGAUGGGGCAGAGAUGUGACAGUUUUGUUUCCUUUUUCUAGUUUGGCAGAUGCAGAUGGUUGGUGAGCAAAGAAGGGGGUCCAAGGGUGUUGGAAGACUAGGGAGGACCUAUUGAGCCCAGAGAUCAGGAAGAGAAUGAGCAUUAAAAUUCCAUCCGGGGGGUGUGUGGGUGGCUCAGUCGGUUAAGCAGCAGACUCUUGACUUCUCCUCAGGUCACAAUCUCACGGUUCCUGAGUUCAAGCCCCAGAUUGGGCUCUGCAUUGACAGCACAGAGCCUGCUUGGGAUUCUCUCUCUCUCUGUCUCUUUCUCUCUCUGUCUCUCUGUCUCUCUCUCUCUCUGCUCCUCCCCCGCUCAUGUUCUCUCUCUCUCUGCUCCUCCCCUGCUCAUGUUCUCUCUCUCUCACUUACUCUCAAAAUAAACAAACAUUAAAAUAGACAAAUGUAUAAAAUUCCAGCCAGCAAAGGGGUGAGCCCAUCUCACUGGUCCGCUUCUCAGUGCCUUCACCCUCACAUGCAAACCUCAGAGGUUCGCAGGCUGGUGGGAGACAGAGCAGCUGAACCUUCCGAGCAAGAUUUAGAAAGGAAGGGUUAGUGCUUAGAUUUGAGGCCUGGCAUAGCACACUGGGAGGCUCAGCCUACUCUAGGGCUAGAGGGGACCUAGGUCUGCCUCAAGCUGCUGGAGAAGCACUUUUCCCACUUGUAGAAGUGGGCAGGGCAAAGGCCAGGGCUGUGGUAAUGGAAACAUCUGACUUUAAAGGAUCCUGGCCCUACUGGUUUUGAGUUCAUGGUCCAUCCAGGGCACCCAGGGAGCAGUAGGUCCUAGGUCUUGCCAAAACAGCAGAAAGAGUUGCUGGCCACUCGGAAUCCCUUUACCUCGGGUUCACCUCUUGCAACCACCACCCAAGGAACAGGACACUUCUAGGAUGGGGAGUCCAUUUCUUGAUCCAUAAGCAAGUGACCACGUGGGGCAACUGAAUGUUCUCCCUUUGAAACAAAUGAGGGCCCCCAGGGGUUUCCCUCUGCCUUCCUACCUGUAAUUAAUUCCAAGUUUAAUAAAGUAGUUAGCACAAGUGGACCACA